CUAGAGGAUACCCUGCUUUGUGUUCAGCAGCAUAAACAACUGAGCAAGGACCCGUGCAGACCUGGUGAGUACAACAGGACCCUUUUUAAUUCACUAGUCACAGAAAUAUGAAGAUGUUGCUUUUCCUGUGUCUUUUACUUGCUGGAAUCCAUUCCAACACUUUUUGCUAUCAGCCUUACCAAGAAGGGGUAAGAAACCAGAAUCAAGGAGGACAACAGAACCGAAACAUGCUGUGGCAGAGUGUAAGCAACAGCGUUUGUCAAUUCGAAUGCUGUUUCUACAAAGAGAUUUCUUCUCUUGAAAACAGUGGGGAURUUUUCUUCUCUCCUUUGAGCAUCUCGACUGCCUUUGCAAUGGUGACUCUGGGUGCCAGAUCAGACACCCUGGAACAGAUUCUCAGGGUCCUUAGCUUCAACCCACGUCAGAUUUCUGAAAAUGACAUACAUGAAGGUUAUCGCCAGCUCAUGCAAAUGGUAAACAGAAGGAAUGAGGGGUUACAGCUGAAUAUGGGAAAUGUUCUGUUUGUGCUUGAUCGACUGAAGCCACAAGAAAAAUUUCUAAAUAAUCUCAGAAAAUACUAUGAAGGAGAAGUUUAUCCUAUGAACUUCAAGAAUCCUGCUCAAGCCCAGUUAAAGAUCAAUGAAUAUGUAGCAAGAAGAACCAAUGGGAAAAUCAAGGACCUCGUAAAUAACCUUGAUCCACUUACUGAAAUUCUCCUUAUUAGCUAUAUUUAUUUUAACGCUGAAUGGGAAAAGCCUUUCGAUCCAAAAUACACUAAAAAGAGCAAAUUUUUUGUGAAUGCAAACAAGGCGGUUGAAGUCCCGAUGAUGUUUGGAUAUGGCCUGUUCAAGCAUGGCUAUGACGAGCAGCUGUCUUCCACUGUGGUGCAAAUGGAUUACAAAGGAGGUGCUUCAGCAUUUUUCGUUCUGCCUGAUAGAGGACGAAUGAGGAAGCUGGAGAAAAGAUUGUCUUGUGAACGUAUAGCAAGGUGGAGGACAUUAGUCACAAAAAGCUCAGUAAAUCUGUAUCUUCCRAAAUUCACGCUUCACGGGACAUAUGACCUGAAAACUAUCCUAUAUAAAAUGGGCAUUAUGGAUCUAUUCACUGAUAAGGCUGACCUUUCUGGGAUCACUGGGCAGCCGCAGCACAGAAUUUCCCAGGCUAUUCAUAAGGCUGUGGUAAAGGUGGAUGAGACUGGCACCGAAGCAGCAGCUGCCACAGGCAUGGAAAUAGUGCCCAUGUCCGUUCCAGUCACCAUUAGAUUCAACAGGCCCUUCCUAAUGGUCAUAACUAUGGRGAACACUAUGGAGAACACUAUACUCUUCAUGGGGAAAAUUGUGAACCCUCUGAAAAAAGAUUAAGUUAAUGUACAAACUAGGUUUGUUGUGAUGACCACUCUUAAAUCAAGUAUUAGACCUGAUGACUAUGGCAUGGCUAUGGAGGGACUCUCUGCCUCUUAAUUGAUGUUAUUCACUGUUUUUUGUAGAUGAGAGUUUUCAUCAAUUUGUCAUAGUUGCAUGUGUGUUUGGACCUUGCUUUUUUUUUUUUUUUUUUUUUUUUUUUUUUUUUUUUUUUUUUUUUUUUUUUUUUUUUUUUUUAAGAAGGUUGCAUUCAUGCAGAACUGUCAUUAGCUGUGGGACAAAAUAGGUCUGUGUGAUACUGACAGCAUAGAUACAUCUUCUUGCAGGGAAGAUGAGGAGCAUGUGGGUGGACAGGAUUGUGUACAUCUGCUUCUUCCCUCAUGGCUGCCUUCUCUCCUGUUUUUUU